CCGCGGGGGGCGGGCUCGUCGGGGGCGGCGCCGCAGGACACGCACGGCCGGCGCGAGCCUGGUUCGCCGCAGCUUCCUCCUGCUCGCCGCGGCUGAGGACGCGAUGUCGCCCGUCUCCCGCAGGCUGCUCUGGGCCGCCACCUGCCUGGCCGCGCUCUGCGUGGCGGCGGCGCAGCAGCACAGCAGCACCGCCGCUCCCAACGUGACCGAGUCCACGAACGUGACCAGCGAGCCGACCCCGACGACGCUCACGCCCACCACGCAGCCAGAAACCUGUGAGAGCCGCAACAGCUGUAUUUCCUGUGUUAAUGCCACAGUUAACAAUACUGCCUGUCUUUGGGUCGAAUGCAAAGAAGGUAAUGAGGCGUAUUGUUCAAGUGUGCCCCGGAGUAAUUGUACCAUGCUGAACAAGACUGAGUCCUGUUCUGUGCCUACUACCACCGCAGUGCCGACCAGCUCUACAGAUAAACCCACAACUCGGCCUUUCCCUCCUACGCCUACUCCCCCAGUUGUUACGUCAGCAGGUACAGCCAAUACCACCCUGACCCCAACCUCACAACCUGAGCGGAAGUCAACCUUCGAUGCAGCCAGCUUCAUUGGAGGAAUUGUCCUUGUCUUGGGCGUUCAGGCUGUUAUUUUCUUUCUCUAUAAAUUCUGCAAAUCAAAAGAGCGAAACUACCACACUCUGUAGACAGACCCGUUAAAUGAAUGCAAACUGGCAGUUAACGUGUAACUCACUGAAACCAAAAUAUCUUUCAUGAAAUCCCACAUGGAAGUCACUGUUCCAGGACCUUUACAUUUCCAAAGGAUGCGUACAGGAUACUGUGGAGCAUCACCCUUGAAGAGAAGCCUGUUAAACCAUUUUGCUCAACAGGAAUAUUUAAAAUAUUCUGCAUGAAUCCAUGUGGCUGUCAUCUUUUGUUUAAAAUGGCUGCUGCUGUGAGAUUUUUUUUUUUUUUCUUUGACAUGCCAAAUGUAACUUUCUGUAAGUUGUGGGAAGUGGUAUCCUGUGUAGGCAACCUCUGACUGGCAAUUUAAAUAUGGCCACUUAAAAGCCUAAGGUCUGUUCGCUUCAUCCUAACUCCAGGCGUGACUUAGUGGCCGGAGUGGAGAAGAGUACCGAAUGGGCACCAGUCAGGUAGACUGAGGGCUUGACUUCAAAAGUAGACUAAACGCACCCGGUACCAAACUACCCUUAGAGGCUUGUGCUUGAUGAGUCGUAUUUUAUACAUUAGAAAUAAGAUGCCAUGCAGGGAAUCACAUUCCAGAUUUAGAGGAAGGGAAGGAUGCAAACCAUUACUGUGGAACAGGUUUUGUCGAUACUCAUACCGUGUUAGGAAAACAGAACCGUGCCUUAAGACAGACCGAGAACGACGGCAGGACAAAGAUGCGUUCACGCUUGGGGGCUCAGGCUUGGUCUGGGAAUGUAACUGUUGAUGGAAACAGUAGUGAACCUUCUUGUAGGUAACACACUGUUAAUAUGUAAUUUAAACAUUGGUUUCUCCAGAGCUGAGAAAUAGAAGCUAAAGAACCCUUCUGAGCUGGAAGGCUUCCUGUAUCAAACCAUCUAACAUUUUUCAUAGGGCUGUUUAAUAGACAUAAAAUUGAUUUGAUUAUCUUUCCCUCUGUACAGAGUAUCCAAAUAUUACUGUACCUUAAGGAUUCCUCCCAGGUUUCCCUGAAAAGUAGCUUUUACAUGAGGCAAGAAGGAAGGAGUUUUCGGAUUGUUUUCUAGUUCUUAAAAUGAGACAAUCACUUUGUUUUCUAACAGAUGUGGCCAGGGUGACUUAAAACCUGAGGUUUGAGAGGCGAUGGCGGUAGCUCUCUGAUGAUGAUGCCCUGGCUGAUGGCUGUUCUUGCUCUCUGCUCUUUACUCCUUUUCUUCCUUCUCGGUUUCAGUUCCCACGUGCUGUAAUCAUGCAUACUUUCGUUUCUGUAGCUUUAGGUAAAGCAUACUUCUUCUCCCUUACCUCUCACACAUGGACUAGUCCAAGAGGCUCUAAUUGGAAAAGGCCUUCUGGCUUCCUGUGUCAUUUAAGUUUUUAUGUUCUUUUUUAGAGUAGCAAAGUUUAGCGCCUGGUUUCCAGUGUUUUAUAGUAGGGAAUGACAGAUGGCUUUGGUUUGUUUCGCAAAGUGAAACACUCUGUGCUCUGAAAAUGAGGUCUCUGUUUCUUUGCCGCUUGCUGGUACAGCUAAAGUUUGUUUUACUUGCAUAUUUGUACAUACACCUAAUGUUUUCAAGUGCCUUACCUGUUUAAGAUCUCUGGCUUCAAAGGUUUUUUGGGAAAGAUAGGUUUACCUCACAGUUUUAUUUCCAUUAUAAUAUUCUAGGUACCUCACAAAAUUUAUUACAGUGCGUGGCUGUUAGGUUUAAGUAAGUGCUAAAGUUCUUUUGAAAAUACACAGAAUUUCCAUUCCUUACAAGGUGGCAAAAUUGGUGUAAUUGUCAUUGACCUCGAUGUGACCUCCUUGCCCUAUAUAAAUGUCAGCACAUGUAGCAAGUUGUGUGAGAAUGUAACUUUAUUUGAAGCUCCUGUGGUUUUGAGCAUUGCUGUAACAUUGUAGGAAAUUAGUGACAUUUUGCAAGUCUCUCCAUAAGCUCUGCUACAGAAUUCACAGCUGUCCUCACUCUCCCCGUCUUUGUUUAGCAAGGUAGUAUUCUGAGCCAUUAAUAAUUUGGGUUGUUUUUUUAUUUAGAAGGUAUAUAGAAACAUUUUCAGAGUUCUCAUCUGAUUUGUCCUGAAGAUCUGGUUCUAGCACAUACUUUAUUUUACCUUUCCUGUACUUGCUGCACAAGCAGGCACUGCUGCACUUAGAAAUUUCUAUUUGAGCUCAAUAAAAACUACAAAACUAA